AUGCUCCCUUACCUCACGUUGGCGGCCAAGUUUGAUGGACCCCAACUUAUCACGCAACACUUGUCAUUUUCCACGCGAAACCAGAGCGUCCGUGGGGCCGCAGAGUCUGACAGCGAGGGACCAGGGGAAUGGGAUCCCCCCAAUUCCCUUGCCGAUGAUUCUUCGGAGAUUGAGUCCCAAUUCGCGGCCCGCGCAGAGGGCAACUCUGAGGUCAGGAAGCGAUCCCACAGUCAAGGAGGCAAAGGAGGCAAAGGAGCGCAGAGACUUGGAGAGGGAGCCAAAGAAGACUGCAAGUCAGCGGAACGAGCCAAAGUCUUUCAGAGACGGAGGGAGUUGAAGAAGACUGCAAAGUCAGCGGAACGAGCCAAGUCUUUCAGAGUGGCCGAGAAGGUCGAGCACUUCUCUAGCUCCGGACAAACCGAUUUCAGGUACGCUGUCACGCCGGAGCGCGCAGUUUCGUGGAGGUCGACGACCAAGCACCCCUCCUUUCUGUUUACCUCUUCUCCAAUCUUCUACCUCUUCUCCUUUUCCUCUUCACUACCAUUCGUCGCCAUAACAAUGUCUCCCCCAACCGUUAGCGGCGAUGCGAUGCGUUGUACUGAGACCAUGCUGUCUGAUGUGGAAGAGCCCAUCCAUAUAAUCAUGGACGGGGCGACCUCCAAGACCAUGGACAUGUUUGGGGAGCUUGUGCCUAUGGGGGAUGUCAUGUGCUGUGCUGAGAAGCCAAGUUAUGGGUUUUAUCUUACUUACCGUGGGCACAAGCUCAACGAGCAUGUUCAUGGCCUUGGACAUCUUUAG